CAUCCCUGUGUUUUAGUAGAAAGAGUUCUUAAUGUGAAUGUUUCUUUUAUAAAUAAAGCAGUAGCCAUUUUAAGAGUAAAAUGUUCUAUGAACACAUUAUAUUGGCCAAGAAAGGUCCUCUGGCCAAGAUUUGGUUAGCAGCUCAUUGGGACAAAAAAAUUACAAAAGCCCAUGUGUUUGAAACUAACAUAGAAAAAUCUGUAGAAGGCAUUUUACAGCCAAAAGUAAAAUUGGCGUUAAGGACAUCAGGGCAUUUGUUGCUGGGUGUUGUGCGCAUUUAUUCAAGAAAAGCAAAAUACUUGUUGGCUGAUUGCAAUGAAGCAUUUGUUAAAAUUAAGAUGGCAUUUAGACCUGGUAUGGUUGACUUACCAGAAGGCCACAGAGAAGCGAAUGUUAACGCCAUAACUUUGCCUGAAGUGUUUCACGAUUUUGAUACUGCCUUGCCCGAGUUGAAUGACAUAGACAUUGAAGCUCAAUUCUCCAUAAAUCAGUCUAGAGCUGACGAGAUUACAAUGAGGGAGGAUUACGGCAGCCUGUCAAUCUCACUGCACGACGAUGGAUUUGGUGAUAUAGGAUUCGAAGCUGAAACGCCUGAAAUUAUGCGAGGAUCAUUGUCUACAAAUAUUAAUGAUAAGCUUUUCGAUAGUGAUGUCUUAGCCGAUAUAGAGUCAGAUGAUCCUAAUGCAAGAGGAGCCCAUGCAGAAAUAUCCGGAGAUCGACUUGAUGGCGAUGGCUUUGGGGACUCGUUUGGCCAACCAGAACUGUUUGAAGAUGACCUAUUUGGAGAGCCUACACAACCAGCCGAGCAAACCAAACCUGAAGCCACUGCCGUAAACAUGGCCGAUGAUUCAGAUGAUGAUGGAAUUGAUAACUUCAACAAUCUUCCUUCUCCGAGCUCAGUUGCUGACGACAAUGGCGAUAAUCACGUAAAUGAAGAAGCCAACGUGUCUGACAGUGCGGCAUUAAAUGACUUGACUCUUGUUCCAAAUGAGGAUGAAGGCUUUGCAUUGGCACCCAUUGAUGCAACAGUUUAUAAGGGCGUAACAAAGGCCAAGCGCAAGAGAAAACUUAUUAUAGACGAAAUAAAAAAUAUUUCAGGAGAAGAGAUGAAGGCUCAAUUAGCCGAUACAUCUGAUAUAUUGACCACCCUCGAUCUUGCUCCGCCAACAAAAAGACUUAUGUAUUGGAAAGAAACUGGUGGUGUUGAGAAGCUGUUUUCGUUGUCAUCAAGAUCUAUACCUGCCCGUGCUCUGUUGAAUAAUUAUAACCGGCAAUUAUUGUCACAUUCAACGUCACUAGAAGACUUCACAAGUGUAGCGCCUAUGGACAUCCUUGCGUUGGAGUUCUAUGCGAAUGAAAACGAUACAUCGCUGAUUAUUAUAAAUAAAAAAGGGCGAAAGAGAAAGAAUGAGUUUUCUUCACUUCAAUCAUCUGACCAUAUUGCAGAUACACUUACCCAAAGCUUAGAAGCUCCCGAAGCUAUGAGAGACCACCAAAAACUAUUGGGAAUAUCUGCUGUGUCGCUAGACAUAGCCACAAAAGAGCAAGAAAGCCAUGCAGGUCAAAGUGAAUCAGCCCUGUUUGAUAAUAUGAGAAGUCCAGCAUUGUUAUCUCUGAACGACAUGGAACCAUUCUCAUCAAUAAACGAGUUGCCAUUAACCCCAAGAAACACAAGCCAUGACAUGGGGGAUGACUUCAACCACGGGGACUCUACCCCAGCUGGCUUGGAUCAUGGAGACAUGACUCCACAGCACCCUAGUAUGGAGGAAAUUGACAAUAUACCGAAUCUUCCAACCGAUAAAAUAAGCUCGCUAAUAAAUGAAGCAGAAACAGGACCCAUUACUGAUGAAACCUGCUUUCAAAAGCCAAGCGAUAUCUCAUCAGAUUGGAACAACUACGAUUUUCCGCCUUCUGUGGAUCAGAACCAUGGUGAAGAACAAAUGGAAAAUGAAACAGAUGAACAAUUUGAGGAACGUGUAUUAAAUAAAAGAGCAGCCCAACUUUUUAUUGACGUUAGAUCGCAGUUCAAUAAUAAAGAUAAUUUGGCGCUUUCUCAUCUAACUGUAGGGAACUCAAGAAAGCAGGCAGCUCAAAAGUUUUAUUCUCUGCUUGUAUUGAAGAAAUUUAGGGUUCUACAUAUUACCCAAUCCGCUCCUUAUGCAGAUAUCGCCAUUACACGAGGACCAACAUUCGAAAAUCCAAAAAUGUAAUAGAAUUAAUGUAAGAAUAAAAAUAGUAUAAGUAUAUUUGUUACCUUAUUUCUUGGUUCCACAUAUAUUUUAAUCACCUAUAAUUUAUUUUUAAUAGUAAAUAAAUCUGAAUUAAUAAACUC